AUGGCCACCUACAAAGUCAAGGUGGCCACUGGCGACGACUUCUUGUCGGGAACGUUGGACUGCAUCUCACUGACCAUCGUGGGGACCCGAGGAGAGAGCCACAAGCAGCGGCUGAACCAUUUUGGGAGAGACUUUGCGACUGGGGCGGUGGAUGAGUACACGGUGCGGUGCCAGCAGGACCUGGGCGAGCUCAUCAUCAUCCGCCUGCACAAGGAGCGGUGCUCCUUCUUCCCCAAGGACCCCUGGUACUGCAACUACGUGCAGAUCUGCGCGCCCAACGGCCGCGUCUACCACUUCCCCGCCUACCAGUGGAUGGACGGCUACGAGACGCUGGCUCUGCGGGAGGCCACAGGAAAGACAACAGCAGACGACACCCUCCCAAUCCUCCUGGAGCACCGCAGGGAGGAGAUCAGAGCCAAGCAGGACUUCUACCGCUGGAGGGUCUUCGUGCCCGGCCUGCCCAACUACGUGCACAUCCCCAGUUACCGCCCUCCGGUCCGGAGGAACCCCAACCGGCCUGAGUGGAAUGGCUCCAUCCCUGGAUUCCCCAUUCUCAUCAACUUCAAGGCCACCAGGUUCCUGAACUCAAACCUGCGCUACUCCUUCAUCAAAACAGCCUCCUUCUUCUUUCGCCUGGGGCCCAUGGCGCUGAGGUUCAAACUCCGAGGCUUCGUGGACUGCAAGCGGUCGUGGAAGAGACUGAAGGACAUUAAGAAGGUUUUCCCUGCCUACAAGACGGUCAUCUCCGAGUACGUGGCCGAGCACUGGGCGGAGGACAGCUUCUUUGGGUACCAGUACCUCAACGGCAUCAACCCCAGCGUGAUCCGCCGCUGCACGCGGAUUCCCGACAAGUUCCCCGUCACAGACGACAUGGUGGCCCCGUUCCUGGGCGAAGGGACGUGCCUGCAAGCGGAGCUGGAGAAGGGGAACAUUUACCUGGCAGACUACAGGAUCCUGGAGGGCAUCCCCACCGUGGAGCUCAACGGCCAGAAGCAGCACCAGUGCGCCCCCCUCUGCCUGCUGCACUUCAACCCGGAAGGGAACAUGAUGCCCAUCGCCAUCCAGCUCAGCCAGACCCCUGGGCCCGACUGCCCCAUCUUCCUGCCCAACGACUCGGAGUGGGACUGGCUGCUGGCCAAGACGUGGGUGCGCAACGCCGAGUUCUACUACCACGAGGCCAACGCCCACCUGCUGGGCUCCCACCUCAUCGCUGAGGCCUUCUGCCUGGCCAUGCUGCGGCAGCUGCCCAUGUGCCACCCCCUCUACAAGCUCCUGAUCCCCCACACCCGCUACACCAUCCAGAUCAACAGCAUCGGACGGGCCAUCCUCCUCAACGAGGGGGGCCUCUCUGCCAGGGCCACGUCGCUGGGCCUGAAGGGCAUCGCGGAGCUGAUGGUGCGGUACCUGUCGGAGAUCACCUACGAGGGCUGCUACCCGCCCAACGACUUCGCGGAGCGCGGGGUGCAGGACCUGCCGGGAUACUACUACCGGGACGACUGCCUGGCCGUGUGGGACGCGCUGGAGAGGUAUGUGACAGAGAUCAUCACCUACUAUUACCCGUGUGACGCGGCCGUGGAGGCUGACCCGGAACUGCAGUGCUGGGUGCAGGAGAUAUUCAAGGAGUGCCUCCUGGGGCGUGAGAGCUCAGGCUUCCCCACGUGCCUGCGGACGGUGCCCGAGCUGAUCCGCUACGUCUCCAUCAUCAUCUUCAUCUGCUCCGCCAAGCACGCCGCCGUCAACACGGGGCAGCUGGAGUUCACGUCCUGGAUGCCCAACUUCCCGUCCUCCAUGCGGAACCCGCCGAUGCAGGCCAAGGGGCUGAGCACCCAGGAGACCUUCCUGGACACGCUGCCCGACGUGAAGACCACGUGCAUCAUCCUGCUGGUGCUCUGGACGCUCAGCCGCGAGCCCGACGACAAGCGGCCCCUCGGCCACUUCCCCGACAUCCACUUCGUGGAGGACGCGCCGCGGCGCAGCAUGGAGGCCUUCCGCCAGCGCCUGGCCCAGAUCUCCCACCGCAUCCGCCAGCGCAACAAGUGCCUGCCCAUCCCCUACUACUACCUGGACCCGGUGCUCAUCGAGAACAGCAUCUCCAUCUAG